GCUGUUCUGUACUGACAGGACGGGCAGGUCUGACUUCAUUCCCAUUGGAUUGUGGGUAUUUUGUAAUGUUUUACCUGACACUCGGGGUUCUGAUCACAUGGGGCGAUCGUACACACCGACCGCUGGUCACUGACUACCUGCCGAUCACCAGAUGAAUAGACAAGACCUAGAUCCCGCCAUUAUCCCGGCAGGCUGGAGCUCCGCCAUGUUCCCAGGGUUUGAGGAGGACAGUAACAGCAGCUGUGGAUCUCUGGGGGCGUCCACACUGAGCCUGAAGAGCGGAGAGAGCGAAGACAAUGAGGAGAGACUGUGCUCUGUGUGCGGGGAUAAGGCCAAUGGCUAUCACUUCCAUGUCCUCACCUGCGAGGGCUGUAAGGGAUUCUUCAGGCGGUCUAUCACUAAAGGUCUGACCUUCACCUGCCCGUUCACCCGCUCCUGCCCCGUCAACAAAGCCAAGCGGAGAAGGUGCCAGGCCUGCCGCCUGCAGAAAUGUCUGGAGGUGGGGAUGAGGAAGGACAUGAUCCUGUCGGAGGACGCCUUGACGGCGCGACGUGAGCUGAGGGUGAAGAAGAGACAGGAACGUCUCCAGAGGACGCAAAGGGCGCCAGAAGCGGCAUCCCUGAGCGAGGAGCAGGAGCAGCUGAUCUCCAUCCUCAUCGACGCUCACAGGAAACACUUCGAUACCAAUCUGGAGAAUUUUGUGGAUUACAGGCCACAGCCCAUUGCAAGGGAUAACUGGGAGAACUUUAAGCAGGAUGGGUCGUUGUCCUCUCCUGAGUCCAGCCCGGGCGCCAUGGAUUCGUCUCCCAUGACAUAUACAUAUAUAACCGGCUGCACCAUCGAAGGAGACACGCUGAAGGAGAUACCACAUUUCGCAGACCUGAGCACCUACAUGAUCCACCAAGUCAUCAACUUCGCCAAAGAGAUCCCAGACUUCAGAUCAUUGACCAUAGACGAUCAGAUCUCACUGCUUAAAGGGGCCACAAUGGAGGUCUCCCAUUUGCAGUAUAAUACCGUCUUUAACCUGGAGACCAACUUAUGGGAGUGCGGACGUCUUAAGUUCAGUAUAGAGCUGGGUGCUAUGACCGGGUUCCAGCGCGUGUUCUUGGAGCCGCUACAGAAAUUCCACAUCACCCUCCGCAAGUUAAAUCUUCAUCAGGCCGAAUAUGUCCUGAUGCAGGCGCUGGCGCUCUUCUCCCCAGACCGGCCGGGCGUCGUCGAACACCGCCAUAUUGAUAAAAUCCAGGAGACGAUCGCCAUGACCCUAAAGUGUUACAUCGAUUAUCACCACCAGCUCGCGGGCAGCAGGUUCCUGUUCGCUAAGCUCCUGUCCAUGUUGGCAGAACUCCGCACCUUGAAUGAAGAGAACGCCAAGCAGAUGGUUCACAUCCAGAACGUUAUGGAGGACGCCAUGACACCUCUCAUGAAGGAGAUAUUCAGCUGAGAAGAAGCGGAGAAACAACUGAUCACGUGACGCCCCAUGUGACACACAAUGGACAAAUCAUGGCCGUGCUGCCUGACAAUCAUUUCACUAAUGAUCCAAUUGUGUAUAUAUAAUCUCAUGCUUAUCUUCUGUGGAGGGACCCGCAUCGCAACACCAAGAUGGCGGCUCAAUAUUCAGUAUUAUCACAAGUCCCCAGCCGCAUCUAUUGCUGCCAAAAGCCUUUUUUUAUUUUUUUUAUUUUUACCAAAGAGACUUAUAAAUGGCGCCAUCAGUGAUGGACGCCUCCUUGUAUAGAGACGAUUCAACCAAUCAUAGCCUUUUAUCUUGCACAAUGAAAUCUACCUAUAAAGCCAUCCGCCGCCGCACAAGGUAUAUAGAUCUGGAAGCAAAGCCAAAAAUAUAUGUAAGGGACCAAUAGAUCUAAUGCCAGUUGUUGCAACAUGUCAACAGCAGUGUGUCCCAACCAGGGUGCCUCCAGCUGUUGCAAAACGACAACUCCCAGCAUGCCCGGACAGCCUUCGGCUGUCCGGGCAUGCUGGGAGUUGUCGUUUUGCAACAGCUGAAGGCACCCUGAUUGGGAAACACUGGUCUACAGCCUCAUCUGGAGACCAUCCAAAAGACGAUCCUGCUAUAAGGGCCCGUACCGGGGGCCGUGAACAUCCCUGUGAUAAUCUUUAAUCUUUUGUUGCAAUACAUAUAUAGAUUUUGCUUGAAUAAAUGAUUGAAUAAAUAAAUAAAAUACUA